UCAUUAAUGGCAGUGGGAUUCACCAAUGGCACCAGUGCUCCCCUCGCAUGUUAAGAGACGAUUUCCUAUAGGCUCCGCCCUGCCAGUCUGUAUUUCUCUCAUUACCUGGCAACGGCAAUGCUUCCAACAACCAAUUAGCAUCGCCACCAACCACAACCCAACAUCAAUCAGGAGACGCAUACCAUUUCAAACAGCUCCGACCUAUUUCUCGCAAUUCCUUUUUCAUCCCAAAGGCAAACUGUAUAAAAUCUCCAGUUUGUACAGAAAUGGAAGUAGUUUUGAGAAGCAGGUGCUGUUUCUGGAGCUAACUCCCACUGCGCUACCCUAAUCAAUUAUUAAGUGUGGGCAAUUGCUACGGACUGCUGCAAAGGCCCAGUGGCUUCCAACAGUAGUGUCAGAACAAAGGAGAUCAUCACAGCUGUGGAACACAAGUGGAUAUGUGGGUGAGACUUCCUCCCUUUGCUGGAAACCUGGAGCUGCCAGAGGCUCUCCCAUGAGAAGGAGGAACCCCUUGGCCAACUGGCAGGUAUCCUGAUUCUGACAGCAGAAAACACGACCUAUCGAAAUAAUGAUGACUUCUGACCCUGGGGUCACGUACUAUGAAGUGUCGGGGAUCGUCAUCAAACCCCCUGGAAUUGCAGCACUGAGCCUGAUUGGCGCUGGGGCUCUUGGUGUGUUCCUCUUUAUCGCAGUCUUCAUGUACAUGUUUUUGAAAGAACAGAGAACUGUAUCAUCGAGAGUCAACACUCCAGCGCCCCUACCGACCAUAUCAGGAGGGCGUAUACAUGAGAGGCUCCGAGAAGAGACAACGGAUAGUUUUGAUGGGGCGGAACUUGUGUCACUGUCACCAUCAGAGAUCAUGACCUUGCCAUGGAGUUGGCACGAAGGUUUGAACAACUUGGUGCGCGCGGAGACAACCCACACUAUAGUGGCAGAGUGAAGAGGAUAACCCAGCAGGAAAUAUGGAUGGACAAUCAAAUAUCAGUGCAAUACUUGGCAACUUCCUCUACAAUUUCUAGUCUAUUGGCUAUCAGACAUGUAUGGGAGUAAUUGUUGCAAUAUUGAAACAUGCUAGUUGGUGAUAGGAGAAAAGUGUUCAGUUUCUUUUCUUUAGAGAAAGACUUUGUACUAGUUACAAAAUAGAGAGAAGUGAAUUCAUGUAGCAUUAUGUUACAAACUCUUCCAAAUAUGUACAUAUCACAUAUCUCUUCAAUAUUCUAUAGAAUAUGUAAAAUCAUCCAAGUUAAUGCAUCCAUUGUAAAUAUGAAAAAUGGCAGCAUAUCGCUAAUACUGAAAGCAAAAUUUCUUAGGCAAUAUAAGGCAAAUAAUGAUAAGAAUCAAGCAAUGAUCAGUGUAUAUAAAAGAUGUAUAACAGAAGCCACAUGAUAAUGUAACACAUAUAUCCAGCAUGGUAUCAUUUCACUAUGCAUGAUGUAGAGAUUAAUUUGAAGUGCUAGAAGUCUAGUUUGCCGAGGUGGUAAGUUAUGUACACAACUUUCUGUUCUUCUCACACCUAUUAUGCAAGUAAAUUUAUACUGUUCCAUGCUUUACUUUUCACAUCAAACCUUGUGAAAUGUCCUGUGUAUUUAUUUCAUUAGUCCAUCUUCCCACCAUGACAUCUGGUGCACCGUAAGAGAAACAUAUC